UUAUUUAUCGUUCCUUAUUGUACGUCCAGGGAUCAUGGUGUUGAAGAAUGCUGUGUGCAUGUGGCUAGUCUGUAUGGUCGUGGAGGGCUCGGAAAAGAGGGGUGUCGCCCUAACCAGGACAACAUUUCUUUGUGACGAUUUUAAGCAUCUGAACGUGUCAUGGUGGUAUGAUUGGCAAAUGGAUCUAUCCUACUUCCACGAGCAUACGUCCUGCACGGACGUCCAGAUAAUGGCCGACAAGUUUGUGCCCAUGGUCUGGGGCGGCCACCGCCAUAUCAACCUAACGUCCACCGCGCCGGCCGUUCUCGGCUUCAAUGAGCCAAACUUCCACUCUCAGGCUAACCUUACACCGGCGGAGGCGGUGGCCGAGUGGGCGAAGCUUGAGAGUCGCUCUCACGGACGGCCGCUCGUUAGUCCAGCUGCCUCAUCUUGUCACACGACGUCAAAGUGUUACGGCGACACAACCGAGUGGUUCGAUGAGUUUUUCCGGCUAUGCAAAGAUUGCCGCGUGGACUACAUCGCGACACAUGCGUAUCAUUGUCAUGGGGCGACAACGAUGGCGUACCUCGAGCGGUUGUGGCAGCGCUAUCACCGGAAGAUCUGGCUGACGGAGUUCUCCUGCCCCGGAACGGACGACCACAACAAGCAACUACAGUACAUGCAGGAACUACUGCCGCUCCUCGAGGCCGCGGACUACGUGUACAGGUACGCCUGGUACAAAGGCCGGAAGUUGGAUGCUGGUCACGUGCACCAGUCCACCAGCCUCUUGCACUCACAUACGUCCGGUCUGACGUCACUCGGACAGUAUUACGUCAACUUUGAGCUGCACGGCGCGCCAAUAGUAGGCUGAGAUCCAUUGUGUAGAAAAGUAAUAAAUAUAAUAUGAAG